ACACAUGACUCAAAGUGUGAUUCACUCCAUGUUAAACAGUACAUAAAGUGAAUUCGUUAACGCCUCACAAUGGCAACUCAUGCGGAAAAGGACUAUUUUCAUUUGAAUGUCAGCAUUCGGAAAGCUCUCAAGGGACUGGAAACCCCAUUGAAAUCGAAACAUGCUCGCUCGGUUAUUAUUAUAAUCCAUAGAUCUAAGGAAUCGCUAACAUUCUGGUCGCUUAUAACGCGCCAACCAAUAAUGGAGAGCAGAUUUACGGCCUGGCACUUUUGCCAUCUGUUGCACAAAGUCUUAAGAGAAGCGCAUCGAUGUGUUCUACAGCAAUCGCAGAAGCAUAAAAAAAUGAUUUUGGAAAUUGGCAAGUCCUGGGGACAUUUACAAGAUGACAUUGGCAAUUGUAUUAAGGCUUAUAGCAAGUUGUUAGUUACCAAACUAAACUUUCAUGACAAGAAUCGAUUCUAUCCCGGAAACCUUAUAAUAACAUUUGCUAGCAUUGCAAAUGCAGCCGAUAACGACUUGAAUUACUACUUUCAACUGUGUGUGGAAAUCUUCGACUAUUUGGAUGACAUUGUUCUUCUUCAAAUUGCAAUAUUUACUUCAAUUAACACAUAUCGGAUAUCAUCGAUGACGCAACCAGGCCAGUGCAGAUUGGCGCCAAUGAUCACGCUUAUACAAGACUCAAACCCAUUGUAUGAUAUGAGUGUCAGACUAAUGUUCAAACUUCAUGAGAAAUUGCCCAAUGAUGUUCUUUCUGGUCAUCGCGAGCGGUUUUCUGGCAUUUUUGCUAAGCUAAAAUUGUUUUAUGACAACGUAAGGCCCUUACAAUAUUUCCAUGACCUUAUUACUGUUCCACAGUUGCCAGAGCAUAGUCCAAACUUUCAGUCACAGGUAGAUUUUGGUAGCUAUGUACCGCCUGUGGUGCUUGUUCAGUCCGAACCCGAUCCCGUCGUAGAGGAUCUUGUUGACACCAACUCACCCAAUAAUUCCGAUCAUAUUCAACAAGAUCACAUUUUAAAUGAACGUGUUAAUGAAUUGGAAAAUUUGCUAGAAGAUAAGAGCGACAUGAUUGACCAACUGAAUGCUAAAAUAUGUGAAUGGAAAAGCAAUUUCGAUGGACUGGAACAAAGUUAUAAACACGAUGUCCUGGAACUCCAAAGGAGCAAUACAGCGUUAAGUAACGAUUUGGCUUCCUCAAAAGAAAUCAUCGCAAAUAUACGAAUGGAAAAAGAUGAUUUGGAACUGCAAUUGACAAACAAUCCAAUAUUAAUUCAAAAAGUAGUUGAGGAGGAGGAGAAGCAAAAGUUAUCAUCAGAAAAGUUUAAUAAGCUCAAACUUAUGUACACCCAAAUCAGAGACGAACAUAUCAAUUUACUACGUCAGCACGGCGAGCAUUCCAAAUCUUUAAAUAAAGAAAAGCAAGUUAAUUCGGAAUUGCAAUUGCAGAUUAAAGAACUUAAUAAUGAAAUUGUAAAGGUAAAUUCAGCUAUUGAAUCAGACAAAGAUAAUAGUAGUAAGCUUACCCAAGAAAUUGAAGAGCUCAAGAGUUUAAAUUCACGACUUGAGAAAAGUGCAAGUGAAAAAGAAAUGAAAUAUGAGGCUAGAAUACAGGAAAAAGAAAAUGAAAAUCUUGGUCUAUAUUCAAAGGUAAAUAUUUUAAGCGAAGAUAGUAUGGAGCUUGACAAAAUAAAAUUGGUUUUGAAAGAAAGAGAACAAAAACUUGCUGAAGCCGAAAGUUUAUUGAAAAUUAAAAACGAGGAAAUAGUUGAAACUCACAAAAAGAAUGAGGAAAAAUACUUACAACUAUCAAAUGAGAAUAAACAACUACAAGAAACGCUUCAAAGUGAUGCACAAAAUCUACGUUCAGUUUUAGUUGAAACUGAAGUCAAACUGGGGCAAAGGGAUGAUGAUUUACAGCAAGCCGAGUCAUCUUUAAAUUUAUUAAAUGAGGAAAAAGUUGUAUUGCGUCAACUUUCAGCGGAUUUGCAACAAAAACAGAAGGAACUCGAAGAUGAUUUACUCCAGGCAAUAAAUAAAACAGAGACCCUAACAACUUUCAAUAAACAAUGUGAAGAAAAAUAUUUACAACUUUCAAAUGAGCACAAACAGCUCCAAGAAACUCUUCAAAAUGAAACCCAAGCCUUACGAACUGUGUUCGAUGAAAGUCAAGCCAAACUAAAAGAAAGGGAAAUGGUUUUACAGGAAGCUGAGGCAUCUUUAAUUCUAUUGAAUGAAGAAAAAUUGGUAUCGGAAAAACUUUUCUUGGACAUGCAACAAAAUCAAAAACAACUUGAAGGCGAUUUACUUGAGGCAUUGAACAGAGUAGAAUCCUUGACAAAAUCAAAUAAACAGUCUGAAGACAAAUUUGAGACUAUGAGGAAAUUAACAAUCCAGACGGUGAAAGAAACAUGUGCCUCAACAUUAAAUGACGGAGAUCAGCAGGCAUUAGAAGUUGUACCCAAAUUAUCGGCCGAAAUCGAUACGUUAUUGAACAAAUUGAAAUCUUCCUCACACAUACCAAUCGACGAUUGCAUCGAAAAAAUACAUGACAUUUUAUAUUUAGGGUAUUAUUUUAUAGAACUGUAUGAGCAAUGUGAUAUAAUUUAUAUAACAACAAAAGAAAUCGAAAAAGGGCUGGAUGUUUUUAACAAAAUACGUUCCAUAUGGCCGGACCUAAUUCAACUUUUUGAAAUUAUUGAAAAUAAUGACAAUAAACAACAAUUUGCCAAUGUCGCCAAUGGAACGCAAAGCAAAUUAACUGAACUAAAUGCGCUUGUUCAAGGAAUACUUAACAACUUUGAGAACAGCGUGGAUCUUGAUAAGCUGAUUGAGAUAGAGCUGAAAGAGAUGGAUGCUGCGAUUGAAGAAGCUGCUUCUAAACUUAUUGACCUUCUCUCCAAGUCCCGUGAGAACGACAAUAAAAUUAAACUGGAAGUCAACGAGAAAAUAUUGGAGGCCUGUACAGCUUUAAUGGAGAACAUAAAAAUAUUGAAUAUAAAAUCACGUACGCUUCAAAAAGAAAUAGUUUCUUCCCAAAAAGGAAAUGCAACGGCAAAUGAGUUUUACAAACGUAAUAGCCAAUGGUCAGAUGGUUUGAUAUCAGCAUCAAAAAGCGUUGCUAAAGCGGCCAAUUGUCUUGUUGAAGCUGCCAAUAAUGCAGUUAACAGUGACUCUGGACAAAACUUUGAUUUAAUAGUGGCUGCCCAAGAAAUUUCUGCCUGUACCGUUCAGCUGGUAAUGGCGAGUAAAGUGAAAGCUAAUCGCAAUAGCGAAAAUCUGACAAACCUAACAAACGCAUCGCGAAAUGUGACUAAAGCAACUGGAGUUGUUGUUGCAACUGUGAAGGACGGAAAUUCGAGACAGGAGCAGCAAAAUGACAUCGAUUUGUACAAACUAACACCGUCUCAACUUAAAACUAUGGAAAUGGAAAUUCAAGUCAAAGUAUUAGAACUGGAACAAGCACUCCAAAGUCAACGUAUUAAAUUGUCAUCGUUUCGAAAGGAGCAUUACCAGAAAACCGAGUACUAAACAUAAUCCCAAAUAUUGUUAUCAACAAUUAUUAUUAAAAUAUAUUAAUUUCGUAUUAUUUUGUUUAUGUUAA